CAUUCAUGAUUUAUGAAAUUGACAUCCUAUUAAUAAUUUUUAAACGUAUCUGUCUUUGGAAUACCAAAAUAUUCUGAUUUGGACCAAUCAGAACAGACCACGAAAAGAGACGAAGGAAAGAUGGAUUGUAGCUCUGUCAAAUAAUUAGUUUAUUAGUUUAUAUUGUAACUGAUUUGCUUUAAUUUGUGAUAAGCAGUGCUCUAAUUAAAUUAUAAUGGACUACUUAUUAAAUGUAAACUGGAACAAAAUCACCCCUUGCCUUGUUUUAUUAGUGCUAGAAGUAGUUUUAGAUUUUUCAGAAUGCGCUUCGCAAGCUGAGGUCAAUAAGCACCUGGAGCUGGGUAGAGAUUUCUUGGCUCGUGGUCAGCUCUCAGACGCUCUGACACACUAUCAUGCGGCUGUCGAGGGGGAACCAAACAACUACCUCACAUAUUUUAAAAGAGGCACAGUUUAUUAUGCAUUGGGAAAAGCUAAAUUUGCUCUUCAAGACUUUACUAAGGUUUUGGAGCUGAAACCAGAUUUCACGGCAGCUCGGUUGCACAGAGCCAAUGUAUAUGUUAAGUUAGCAAAGUACUAUGACGCUAAGGAGGAUUAUUUACAAGUUACAUAUAGUGAGCCAUACAAUGAAGAAGCAGUGAGCCAGUACCACGCCAUGGAUGGUCUGGCGGAGGAGCUGCGGCUGGCGGAGGCGUACUACCGCGGCGGUGACAUGCGCGCGGCCGCCGAUCUCGCCACCAGGCUGCUGGAGAUCUCCCCCUGGGCGGCACAGCUGAGGCAGCUCCGGGCUGAGUGCUAUAUCUCAAUGAACGACCUGUUUUCAGCGGUGUCAGACAUCAGGUCGGUGAACCGUCUGCAGCAAGACAGCACGGACGGCUACUACCGCCUCGCCACGCUGCUCUACCAGCUGGGACAUGUUAACGAUGCGCUCAAGGAGAUCCGUGAGUGUCUUAAGCUGGACCCGGAGCACAAGAAGUGUUUCCCGUUGUACAAGAAGGUAAAGCAAGUGGACAAGCUGGUGUCGGGAUGCGAGGAGGCGAGCGAGGCGCGCCAGUUCACUCGCUGCAUCGACAGCGCCAACAAACUGCUCAAAAUUGAACAAGAGGUGACGCUCGUCGUCUUCGAGGCCAACCGGUGGCUCUGCAGCUGCUACUCCAAGGAGGAGCAGUACACGGAGGCGGUGAGCGCGUGCGGGGCGGCGCUGGCGCUGCAGAAGGACGCGCGCGUGCUGUGUGACCGCGCUGACGCUCUGCUCGGACUCGAGAUGUAUGAUGAUGCGAUCCAGUCGUACAAGCAGGCGCUGGAGCUGGAGGAGGGUCUGCAGCGCGCCAAGGACGGUCUCAGCCGCGCACAGAAGCUGCAGAAGCAGUCCGAGCAGCGGGACUACUACAAGAUACUGGGGGUCAAGAGGUCUGCGAGCAAGCAGGAGAUUAUAAAGGCGUAUCGCAAGGCGGCGCAGAAGUGGCAUCCCGACAACUACCACGGCGACGACAAGAAGAUCGCAGAGAAGAAGUUCAUUGACGUCGCCGCCGCCAAGGAAGUGCUGACGGACCCGGAGAAGCGCGCGCAGUUCGACGCAGGCUCCGACCCGCUGGACCCCGAGGCGCAGCGUCAGCAGAACUUCCACCACGGCAGCCCCUUCCACCACUUCCAGCACGGCAGCCCCUUCCAGUUCAAGUUCCACUUCAACUGAACACCUCGCACUUCUCACCUACAUCUACAUCUAGACUGACUUUCCAGAUCCACAGCAAAGUAGUUCAGUUCGAGUCGAGAUAAAUUCUUGUGAACAUUUGUUUAUUUAUGAAUCAGUUUAGUUACAAAAUGGUGCAUACAAAUGUUAACAGAACAUUGUAUGCAAGUCCUGCAGCUCGCAGCUCGCAGCUCGCAGCAGCAUGCAGCAUGCAGUGCGCCGCGUGCCUUCUCAUACAUUAUAAUAACUGCGCAUCUUGUAUAUACAUUGAUAUCGUUUCUUAUAAGUGUUGCUAAUUCUUUUGGAAGUAAAGUUUAUUUUAUAUAAUGUACACAUCGCAUCGCGACUGUUGUAUUAUAAUUUGUUAAAAUCUAGAUAACUAUUUAAUAUCUUAGUACAGUACAUCAUACAUCGCGUCAUGUUGAGAACAUUGCAGCAACAUAUGAAAUUCGUUAAAAAUUAAUUAUUUACUAAUUAAAAUGCAUUGAAUUCCUUGUUUUGUGAUAUUUUAUCUCGAUCAGUGUGAAUUAGUAACAUCAACUUAAUAAUUUAUUUAUAUAUAUGCGGUAAAUGUAUCUCUCUGAAUGAGUUCUUGUUAGUAAUGUGUAUCACUGACCUGUUGUAGGAAAGCUAGAAUAACUUCAAUCUGUUAUUUUAUAAACUGACGCAAUUAUAGUAAUACAAUAAUAAUGUUGUUGCACAUCUCACUCGCUGAUUAUAUUUUUCAUGUAUUUUAUUUCAAUUAUUUAUGAUUCAGUUUGUUGAUGUUAAAAAAUAUGUUCUCUUUGUUUACAUUUAGUACAAAAUAUACGGCAUUUUAUUUCGUUCAAAUUCUAGUUUGCAACAAAAAUAUAUUUAAUUAUGAAAUAAUUUGAAAUAAUUUUGUUUGUAUGUUUUGUU